GGGAGAUUUGUUCUAUCAAGGUCAUUCGUUAAUUUUCUACAUAUAAGUGCAAUGUUUACAUUUCCAUCUCAUCUUGGAUCUUGGAAGUCACAAAUAUUACGAGCAGCUUAGUUGUUUAGAUUAUUUACAAUUACUUUCUGUCCUUCAAAUUGCGGAGACACCAAGAUUCAAUCCCUCCGAUUGCAGAGGAUACAUCAGGCUUUGGAGCUUGUACAAGUAGCACUGCUGAAGGUUCUCGUUCAUUUGGGGUCGCCUCUUCCUCGGAAGAGUCAGGACGCUUCUACAAUGUGGGGGAUGGACAGCGUUUUCUGAAGAGGUGGCCCUCUACGCCUCAACCAGGCACUCGUGUUUGGAUACGGUAUGGUGGCACAGUGUGCUAUGGACAAGUAGUGCAUUGUAUGCCUGAACUUAAUAUGUUCACUGUACGACCAGCUGAUGGUGGCUCUAGACUUGUCACUCGUGGUCUUGAAGAUAUUCUACCUUCUACGCCUCAACAGUCAAUCUUAACUCCACCGACAGAAGACGAAUGGGAUAGUGACCUGAUUGGAUGUGAUGAAAUUCCCCCGAAUACACACAGUAUUACAGCUUUCCCUACAAAAUGCGAGGCCACUAUUUCGGACUCCUUUUCUUAUCCAUUAUUCAUCGAUGUACCAUCUAGAGCAUCUAUUGAUGAAGGGUCAUCUUUUGAAAAAAUGACUACUUUGUCUGGUCUGCCAUCAAAUUCUACAGCCUCAUUCGGUCUUUCACCGAUUCUGGGCUCCUCAGAUGUAACUGAUGUGAAUAUCCCUAGAGAACCUGCAGGACAUUUCGAUGUUUCGUCUCAUAGGACAUUUGCCGAUAAUAAUCCCUACCCGCACAAGUCAACACUUGGUACCAGUCUCCCUUCUCGUGGGUCCAUGGAUCCCUCAUCUGUAACACAUCUGGUGACUCAGAGGGUAGGUUCCUCGAACAGUGAUAACUGCUUUCACAAACGUUGGGACACGUUUUCUUCCCAACCAGAGCUAUCUUCUAAAGGACUGGUAAAAACACAUGAUGAAGACUCACCUCUUGAAGUAAAGCGAACCUCCAUUCCAUCUCAAACCACAAGUUUCCGAAAUCAAGCCUCAACAGAUUAUGUGAUUGAAGCUGUUUUGCACUGGAUUGAGUCUAUUUCUCCUAAUACAUCUGAAUUUUCAGCUAGCACUUGGGAGAAAGUAGACAUAAAUGAACUCAAAGAAACUAUGAAAACAUUAUUGGCAUCAUCAAAUACAUGUGAAGGGGACUAUGCUCAAGAACAUUCUGAAGAUCGCCCUCAACCAUCUGUUUACUCUCCAACAUGUUUUGAACAGGCUCAUUUUUCAGUAAUUGAAACAAGUUCGGAAACCAGCAUGCCUUCACCAUCUAGUAGUGUUUGUUUAUGCCCCAAAUCAAGUUUAGUCCCAGUAAAUAGAGAAACUGUUGUUUCAAAUUACCAAUCAACUCGUUUCAUGAUCACUGAACCGCAUCAACAACAAGAUGGAUCACAGUAUUGUCUUCCGAACCCUUCAUCUACAUGUCCAAAAUGUUUCCCUAAUUUGGGCGCACAAAAUUCACUAGAGUUUGUCCGGGAUAAGAUAUCACCCUGUGAUUGUAAAUCAUUUCAAGGGGAUUCAAAUAACGCAAAUUCGUCUCAUCUUGACCCAAUUUUUGAAAAUACUUGUGUUAUUUCUCCCAAUUUUAUCCACACAUCGUUGGAUCCUAAGAGUGAUAUUUUCACCAGUUCCGAACCUUCAUCGAAUCCUCUUGUUUAUGCUCAACAAAUUCUUCCAUCAUUAAUUAACGAACGUGGUUCAGUGAGUUUUCAGUUAUUGUCUUCCAUAUUGGCUCAUAGUCGUAUUGAAUGUAAUCAAGAUUGUCAAAGAAGUAUGCUUUUAGAUGGAUUAAAACAAGCAUUCAGUUCUAUAAUGUAUUCACCCACUAGUGUGCCUUCAACACCGACAACCAAUGAAGUUUAUUAUGGUGCAGAUCCAGUCUACUCUAGAAGUCAUUCGUCAAUGCUACAUGAAAAUAAAGAACAACCAAAUACUGGAUGUACAGUUCCUGUACGUAGACACUUGUCUUGUGUUGGAUUUACGGAUAGCUUAAGUCCUGUAUCAUUGAUAGACAGUCCAACACAUAAUUUAAGUGAAGCUCAUAAUAUGUUCCCACGUCCUUCAGAAUCAGGUUCAUACUUUUCUGAAAGUUGUCCGAGUCAUAUAAAUGUUGACCAUCCUAAGGAAUUACAAACGACCUCCUUAUCAUACCCCAGUGGUAGUGCCGAAAUGCUUCAUCAUGUAUAUUUCCCACCCAGAAGUCGAAAAUCUAAGUCUGGAGAGUUUCUUCGGCCGGAAACUUCUCACACAGUUGAACAAGGGUACACCAUUCAGUUGAACACCUCAACCAAUGAAGCUUCAAUGAAAACAAAUGUUGAAACAAGUAAAACAUUGAAAUUCCAAGUUAACUGUAAUUCUUUCGUUUCACAACCUCGAAAGUUGGAUUACAGAGAUUCAAUCAGUGGCAUACCUUUACGUGUUGGUUUACCACCAUCAACUACUAGUGGACGUAUCGAUGUUCGUAAAUGUCGUAAAGUUUACGGGAUUGAAAAUAGAGAUCAAUGGUGUAAUCAGUGCAAAUGGAAAAAAGCGUGUCGACGUUUUCCAAAUCCAUGCUCAGUGUCUAAACAUGCUCAAGGACUAAGUAACCGUAAUCUCCCAGCGGAAAAAUGUAGCCGACAACCUCUUGAACCUAAUGUAGCUGAAAUGUGUGUCAUUUGUUCACCAGCAUGCUCAUCUGAUGUAACUCUCCCGCCUAUGACUUCAAGUAGUUGGUCAAUUUCAAGUUCUAUCUCUGGAAAAUUAUCGGAUAAUUCGACUGUUCCUUAUAAAAAUUUAACUGGUCAAUGAAUAUAUCUAUAUAACUAGAGUAUUUUUUUAAAAGUAUUCUAAGCAUCCCUUAAUCUUACGACCUUAUAAUACAAAUUUAAUUCUCUGAGUAAUUUUUCGAUCUUUCUUGUAUUAUCUGCUUUUUUUCUCAAUAAUCAUCAAUAAUAAUAUCGUCACUUAUUUUUGCACGAUCUCUAAACUGAAUUAAAACAAAUCCACAAAAAUACACAUUCAUUCAUAUUAUGUAAAUGAAUAAAACAACCGGUUCAUUUCAUUGGUUUUAUGUAUGUAUGCACACACAUACAUAUGUAGAUCUAUCUAACCAUAUCACAUGUGCCAUUAUUGUUGUUACUGCUUUUGUUUUAAUACAGGCGUUUUUAUUCAUCGUUUCCACGUAUAAUUCAUCAUAUUAAUUCAUAAUUUUUUAUUUAAGGAGUUCGAAUAAAAUCUCCAUUCAGAGAGAAGUGCUAGUCUGCACAAAUAUUUUCAUCUAAUAUACUGUGCAUUUCAACUAUAAACUAUUCCAUGAAUUUAUUCAUUAUCCUAUACAUACUAUCAUUUCUUUUUCUUCUCUGUCUUAUUAAAGUACCAUAUUUUGAUUCUUUUUUGUUUGAUGGACAAAUCAUUGAAAUACUACCGACAUCAUAAUUGUUGUUGUUAGCAUGUUACCAAGUGUGUUGUCCCUAUCCUCAUCACUAUUUCUAAUCAUAUUUGUAAACACCGGUCUUUCUUUUCACAUUCCAUUGAAAUUCAUCUGUUCUGGUCUCGUUUCUAUCUUGACAUUGUGGUUAUUGUUGGUAAAAAUGAAACAAAGUAUCGUUUAGUCCCCACCUAACAUACAUUUGUAUACAAACACGGUGAGAGCUAUUUGUUUCAAUCCAGUCAAAUUGAUCAAUUAUCUAAGGCCAUAUUUACUAUUUUUUACUCUCACUUCUCUUGUUUUUUUUCUCAAAAGCCAAAGAUAUUACCUUCCUUCAGCCUCUUUUUAUACGCUCACUCAAUCACCUGUGUCAAACAUACCGGUUUUACAUAUGUCACUUUCAUUGUCUAUUAUUUUUAUUAUUAUUAUUAUUUCCAUUGCUUCUUUUUUUUCUCGACCGAACAAAUUACAUGGGGAUCUAUUUUUUCAAACUUUAUUUUAUGUUUAUGGUUGUUAUCAUUGUUAUUUUACUUACAUAUGUAUAAUAAAUCAUCAUUGACACUAUACAUGGCGCAGAUAAACUUUUCCUGGUGAGAAAACACACAAAUUGAUUAUUAUAAUUGUUAUUGUCAUUUUUAGGUAAUCACUAUCAGUUCGUUUUUUUGUUCAUUUCCUCGUUAUUCUUUAUUUGUGCUCAUUUAUUGUCUUCUUCCAUCAUUACCAUUGUCUUUCAUUUCUUAAGAUAUAAUAAUAAUUUGUCUAGAAUUAUGUAUGUAUUCUUGAUUUCUUUUGUUCGUUGUUUUUUUUUAAAAAAAAGAAGAAACUUUCAACAUGAAAAAUAAGGAUUUAUUAUUCAGAGCAUGAAUUCUAGUUUUCUAACAUAUUUUGUCAUUUAUCAUGCAUUUCAUUCCUAUGUAUUAUAUCAUUUUAUACACAAAUACCCAUCUAUUCACAUUCACUUACACGUAUAUACAUACAUAUGUUUAUAUGUCUUCUAUAAAUAAAUACAUCAUAUUCAUGGUGUAUAUGCAUAUAUAAUUUCUUCGAUUCACAGCUCAAUUUCAUAAAUUCUACUUCAUAGAUAAACAAAUAACACUACAAAGAAAUGAAACUUCAAUCGGAUCUUUUUUUCUUUUUCUUGUUCAGGGUCUCAUUGAUUUCAUUGUGUCUAUUUGAUUAAGUGAUGUUCAAUUAUUUCUUAAAAUUUUUAUUGCUUUUUUCGACAAUAAUUUGUUAUUAGCUAGUAAAUCAGCUGUCUUCCUUGAUUAAAUUGAAUGUUGUCGAAAUGUAUUGUGUAAUUGAUCAUGAGUGCACACACACACGUACAUUUAUAUACAUACCUGCACAAAUAAUGUGUGUUUAUGUAUUUCAAAGAAAAGGUCUAGACAAAGUCUGUGAUAAGAGAGUUUCUUCAAGUCUUCCUUCAUUUAAAUUGCAUGUUUCGUAUAUUCCUUUUGUUUGCUUUCUCUUGUUUAUAUUUUACACAAUAUUUCACAGAUAAAACUUGAAUGUUGAUAUGUCAUUGUUAAUAAUACUACUGUUAUCAAUACUACCAUUAACACCAAUAAUAAUAUUGUCUAAUAAAUAUUGAUUCAGUAGUUGAAUUCAUGAGUCGAUUAAAGCUAAACCACCUUGAAAAACCUUAAAGCACUGGACGGUAGUGCACAGACUAGAUCGUGACACUAUAGAUCAUCGUCGAACAAUCAAUUGAAUGUAACUCGUCACUAUACAUCAACUUCCUUAACUAUGAGAAGGCGUUUGACAGUGUGGAUAAGAGAACUUUAUGGAACCUUCUUCAACAAUAUUGUGUGAGUAGCUAAGAAAAUCGUCAACAUCAUUCGGAAUUCAUAUAAAGGACCACACUGCAACGUUGUGCAUGGAGGACAGCUGACAGACGCAUUCUAGUCAGUCAGUCAGCUACAACGUAGGACCAGGCACAUAUAUGCAUCGGUCCAAGUUCCGUUACCUCAUUAGCACAACAAGACGAACACCCAAUUCAUAGAAGUAGUUAGUUCAAUGGAUGUAAUAUAUAAAAGAAAGAUUGUGUAUAAGGAUAUAGUCCAGGAAGAAAGAAUUAGUUCGUAGAAAGAAAGGUAUGAAUCAAUUUCAGUCUCAUAGUUUAAGGUAAGACAGAGAGUGUAUAGACCGACGCCAUCGUGAUCGAUUCUGAGUCAUGUCACCCAGUCUCCAACCAUUGAUUGCGAUAGUCGCGUGGACCCCAACCAAGUAGUCUACAUCUACCAACAUGGCUCAGACCAGAAGUUAGUGACUUCAAGCACUGAUGCCACGUUUUCCUCUGGCCACCCUGACUUUCUUCCAACCAUCGCCAACACUAGUCAUCAUUGCGCGUCGUGGUAAUCGGUGUUCAGGCGUACGCAUUCUAAGUGAAGGCCAGUGUCGGACAAGGCUAUUUACUCUCCCCCUUCCUCUUUUUUAUGGUGUUGACUGGAUUAUGAGGACCUCAACAUCUGAGGGGAAGCACAGAAUAAAAUGGACAGUUUGGAUGCAACUAAACAGUUUGAACUUCACAGAUGACCUGGCCCUUGUAUUACAUACACAUGAACAAAUACAGUUGAAGACAACCAGUGUUGCAGCAUUCUCUGCAUCAGUAGGCCUCAACAUACACAAGGGAAAGGCAAGAUCCUCAAAUACAGCACAUAGAACACAAACACAAUCACGUAUCUGGGUUGCAUCAUCGAUGAACAAGGAGGAUCUCACGCAGACUUAAAAGCGAGGAUUGGUAAAGCAAGGUCCCUAUUCCUACAAUUGUAGAACAUAUGGAACUCAAAACAACUGUCAGCCAAUAUUAAAGUGAGAAUCUUCAACACUAACGUCAAGACAAUUUUACUGUACGAAGCUGAAACGUGGAGAACUACAACAACCAUCAUCAGGAAAGUAUUUAUGAACAAUUGUCUACAAAAGAUAAUCAAUGUCUGUUGGUCGGAUAGCAUUAACAACAGCCUACUGUGGGAGAGAACAAACCAACUUUCAGCUGAAGAGGAAAUUAAGAAACGAUGUCGGAAGUGGAUAAAACACACAUUAAGGAAAUCAUCAAACUGCAUGGCGAGGUCAGCCCUAACUUGGAAUCGUGAAUGGAAACGGAGAAGAGGAAGCCCAAAGAACACAUUUCGUCGGAGAAUAGAAGCAGAUAUGAAAAGGAUAAAUAACAAUUGGAAAGCUUGCCCAGGACAGAGUUGGAUGGAGAGUGCUGGUGGGCGGCCUAUGGUCCGCCGCGUGGAGUAACAGGCAUUGAUCUCUUUCGAAGAUUUGAUCUUGAUGUGCUUAAAACAACUGUAACUAAUAUCCAUGCCGUUCUUAGUCAGCCAAAAACAAAUUAUUUAAAUGGAUAGUUUAUGGAAAAGAAAACAAUAAUUUUAAAAAAAUCUGCCCUAUUCCUAACUCAGCCAUUUCUCACUCCGUGGUCCCAAAAUACAAGAGCAGUGCUUCGAAGACACCUGUGGUUAAAUACUAAUAACCUACGAAUAUCCUCCAUUCAUAUUUUAUAUGUUUAACAUCGAUCGACUUGAACUGAGCGAACUGCUGUGAUAUAAACUCGCACUUUGGUUUGAAGAUGGAUAUUUCACCUAUGCCACAAGUAACUCAAGUGGACAAAAGCCAAUCAAACUUUCUAAAUCCGUGCUGUGAUUUCGUCAGAUACCAGAUAAUCAGUGCUGAUGAGACUCCCAAGAUAAGUGAAAUGGUCGAUACUUAAGUAACAUUUUACGUUUGGAGGAAGAAAACUACAUCCCAAACAUGCUUGCAUUGUUGCUUAAGAUGAUGUUAUAUCCGCACCACUUAUUACUCAAUUUUGAAGAAAUGAAGAACCCUUUGCAAUUCCGACAACGCGAAGUAUGAACACCAAGACUGGUUCAAGUGAAGGUUUAUUCACUCCAGAACACGACAACCCUAGUCGAAAAUAUACUCAUCAUAUAUUGAUUGUACAUCCAUUUUGAUUAUCGAUUAGACCAGUAGUGUUGGAGUAGAGAGCCUUUGCAGGGUUGGUGUACUUCUGUACGCCUUUCAAUGACAUCGUCGGAUGGUGCCUUAAGGUCAAAGAAUACAACUAUAGUAAGACGUCGAGAAGCAUUUAUUUUCCUGGAAUCUACCGAAGGGUGAGUAUUUGGUCCAUACAGCCACCUCCAGGUUUGAAACCAGCCUGGUUCCUCGGGUUUGGUCUCAACAAGCUAUUGUUAGACGUCAAAGUAUUAUCGAAACUAAUAUAAUAUUAGGUAAGCCGGUUCCUCUGUGACUGUCACAAGAGGACUUUUGUCCUUUCUUAUAGACUGCGACGAUCAGCGAUAGAAACCAGUCAAACGGGAUUACAUCCAGUUCCCUGGUUCUAGCUAAGAUUUUAUUAAAUUCAAAUGCCUAUAUACUCUGUUUCGCGAAACAGUAAUAAAUAAUUGGAUAUAUUUACAUUGUGAACUUAAAUAUUCAUUAGUCAGG